AUGAAUUUUCCCAUGGAAUGGCGUAAAUGGAUCAUGUCCUGCAUCUCUACAGCCUCGGCAUCUAUUUUAGUGAAUGGUUCGCCUAGUUCUACAUUCAAUCUUCAGCGUGGCCUAAGGCAAGGUGAUCCCCUAUCACCAUUUCUUUUUGUCCUCGUGGGUGAGGUUCUCAAUCUACUCAUAAAAAAGGCGACUUCAAUGAACCUGUGGAAUGGAAUAAGCAUUACCCAAAGUGAUGUGAGCAUCACACACCUGCAAUACGCAGAUGAUACACUAAUUUUCUGUGAUGCUAGACUCGAAUCACUCAUCAACAUAAAAAAAAUGCUCAUUAUUUUCCAGCUAGCAUCAGGGCUUCAAGUUAAUUUUCAUAAGAGUUCUCUUAUUGGGAUUAACACAUCAAAAGAGUGGCUUCAUAUGGCAGCAAAAUCGCUUCUUUGUAAAAUUGGAAACAUUCCAUUCACUUACCUCGGAUUGCCUAUUGGGGGUAAUUCUUCAAGCAUUCAACUAUGGGAACCCAUUAUUGCAAAAAUGACUCAAAGAUUGGCUACUUGGAAAGGGAAAUUGCUUUCAAUUGGUGGAAGAACAACCCUAAUAAAAUCAUCUCUCUCAAGCUUGCCAUUGUAUUACAUGUCCAUAUAUCCGGUUCCAAAUGAUGUUAUUCAAAAAAUAACUCAAUUAUCCAGAGCAUUUCUAUGGCUGGGCAAUCCUUUGCACAAAAACUUAGCCAUGUUAUACAAAUGGCUGUGGCGUUACUUUGAUGAUCCAGCGCAGCUUUGGUGCAAAGUGAUUAAGGCCAAAUAUAAAUACUCAGAUUCUUUCACUAUUCAAGACUUAAAAAUUCCGGCUAGAGGUGGCCCUUGGAAGAAGAUUCGUGCUGCUAUUGUUAAUCAUCCGAAUGCAAAAGAGAUAGCUAUCAAUGGCACCCGGAAAAUUGUGAGUGAUGGUGCCAACUGCCUUUUUUGGCAUGAUUCAUGUGCAGAUAAGUCUCCUCUCAAAAUUCUAUUUCCGAGAUUGUUUUCCAUCUCUGUCGAGCCGAAUGCAUGUGUGAAGUCCUUUGGGUUUUGGAAUGGUUUGAACUGGGAAUGGCUUUUUUCUUGGAAGCGAGUUCUAAGGCCUCAAGACUUAAUAGAAAAAGAAAAUCUGUGCAAGUUGCUUGAGAAUGUAUGCCUUGCUAUAGAAGGCCAAGACAAGCUGAUCUGGGAGUUCAAUAGCUCUGGUAAGUUCACCACCAAAUCCUUCUCUUUUGAAUUGGAUGAACUAUGUGUUGCACCUCACCAUGAUGCAAUUCCAAGAGUAUGGAAAGACAAAUAUGGUGUUGGUGGAUUAACCUUUGGGGUGUCAAAUGGGUAUUUCCCAUGA